CCUGGCGGAGCGGGCCGUUCGCAGUUCGCACAUGGUUUGCACGCACUGAAGUGGAAGGUUUUGUAGGCUUCAAGAUUGCCGGAUUACGCGAGUCAUUUGGCGCGGUGUUUGUCGAUGGCUGUGCCGCGUUUUACGGGUCUUCAGGGCCAGUGGUAUACGCUGUUUGGGUUCUCGAAGGAACUGGACUGGAGGCCUCUUCACUUCGUCGAUUCCAUACCGGCGCACAGAAUAUGCAACGCCUGUGGCGUGGUACCAAGGGUGUCCGUCUUUCUCCCGUGUCGACACGUGCUGUGCAAUACCUGCUACGAGCAGUGCGUGUGCGACAAAGUACACGCCUGUCCGCUCGACGGUGACCCGUUUCGUGAAGAAGACGUUGGAUGGACAGAUUUUCCUCUGGAGAACCUGCUCAAGCGGAAGGUAAAGUGCUGGAAUGAAGACAAUGGCUGCGAGAUGGACAUGGCGGCUUCAGAAAUUAACAAGCACUUUUUCGAAGACUGUGUUCAUCACUCCACACGGUGCCCGAAAUGCUCAGCUCUCAUCCUUCGCAGUAAGGUGUGUGCGCACCUGAGAAGCGAUGACUGCAGCACUUCUACAACGCACAGCAUGGCGGAAAACUUGACGCCACAUGACACGUCAUCUAGGGAAGCCAUGCUUGCGACUUUCGAGACAAUAUUGGAAAAGCACGUGGCAGAAGUGAGGGCUGGCUUUCAUCAAGUUGUACGUGACAUCUCUCAGUGCGAUAAGCUAAAUGAGCUUUCGCACUCCAUGAAUGUCUUAAGAGAGACAGUGAUGCAGUCAUCUGAAACGCAAGCGUUAGCAACCAGUGAAAGUGUGAUCGCCACUGUUAUGCAAGUUAAUGAAGUAAAAGUCGCUCUAGAUGAGAAGCUUAACCAAAUUUCACAGCGCGUAAACGCUGUGAAUAAAAAAGUGGGAGAAGCUUCUGAGCAUGCAACAAAGAAAUGCCUUGAAAAACUGGACAUUAACAGUGCGGCUCUUGUACGUCAUAUUUCCCGCGACAGCGACCUACUGAAAAUGGUUUCACAAAGUGUCAGCGCCUUCGAACGCGCACUCGGGAAGGCGCUGGAGCGCGCAACCAACACGAUCUGCCAAAAGAUCGCUGAAAAUGCUGACCGCAUUGCUGCCACAAAAUACAAGGAAACGGAAAGCGUAACAGACGGGCAAAAGGAUCGCCUUCUUGGGUACAGCACCCUAAAUGUUACAUGCUAUGAGUUUUGUGUCAAGGAAUUGAAGUCACUGAGGGAUAAUGCAAAUAUGCAAGGAUGGGCCACAUACUUCAGCGAUCCAGUAUACCUGUGUGGAUACUGCAUCUCUCCAGGCGUGUAUCUGAAGAAAAAUGAGAGCUCUCUGUCAGUGCACGCGCUUAUGCAGUUGAACAAGGGAGUGAUUGACGAGUUCCUCCAAUGGCCAUUCAACCAUGAAGUUAAGGUCACCUUCGUGGACUCGUCCCAAGGCAGACACCGCGAAUUUUCGAAAAGCCUCGGCGGGAAACCUGACCGCGAAUUUUGUGCCAGACCUACCGAGUCAACCAUUUUAAGCACUUUUCUUCCCGCAGGUUGCGACAUUGAAGAUCUCGAACGUGGAAGCUACAUCAUCGGCGAUGAAUUCUGCGUACGGUGGGAACUCCUGCGCCCCAGUUUGGAGUGAAAUUCCCGCAGCCUGUUCCGAGACUUUUUAGUGCAUUGUAUAAGUGGAAGUGGCCACAUCCGUACGUGCGUUUUGCGUGAUUGGUAAAAGAAUGCUCAGAGAAACUGACGUUAUAGAAAGGCGCAAAAAAGCUCCCUACAUCUUUUUUUUUGCUUUUGAAG